AUGAGCUUCAACUACGACCGCUACGACCGCCGCCAGAACUCCAACAGCCGCAGGAACACGCUCGGCUACUGGGUCCCGCUGACCUUGACUGUUGUUGUUGCGACGGCCGGCCUGGCAGCUUGGGUCUGGUCCGCACGUGAAGACCACGAAGAUGCCUCGUCCGACGACGAUCUGAGCUAUGGCGAGGACAGCAGCAGGGAGAAGGGCAAGACGCCACUCGGCCCGUCGGGCUCCCGCGAUGCCAUGUCGCAGGGCGUCGUGCGAGAGGACGAGAAGGACAUUCUGUCGCGCGCUCAGGGCAUCAUCCGGAGAACGCCCAGCCCGCAGCAGCUGUUCGACACGGUCAGCAAGAAGACGGCCGCGGGGUGGGCAGCAGCUAGUACAGCAGCAGGUGCAGCCUUGGCGAGCAUCCGUGAAGAGGAUAGGGAUGAUUACGGCGACCACAACCGCUGGAGCGAAGAGGCGGCCAUACGGCGCAAUGUCGAGGCCCAGUCUUCGCAGAGCCGCGCUGCCGUCGACACGCAGUCACGGUCCUUCGCCGCAUCAGUGAAGAACCCACCAAAGGGCGGCAAGCGCAGGACCGUUGUAUUGGUCGUCUCAGCAGAGUCGCUCAUGGACAGCCCGCACGACGAAGACGGCUCCUACCGCUCAGAGAACGCUACCAUCCUCUCCCACCUCCCCGACACCGACUUCAACAACACCAAGCUCUUCGUCCUCAUCUACUCGCCCUCCCUGCGCUCCCGCCCACAGUCCCGCGCUGGCACAUCCUCCCUUGGCGACUCGUACUCGGCCAUCUCCACACCUGCACGCACGCCUGGCGAAGAGCUCCAGUCUAUUGACCCGCAUCCUGAGGAACACACCGUCUACACGCCCGCUCUAUCGGCACGCAGCUCCGACAACAUCCUCUGGAACACGCUCCACGCACAAGCCCUACGCCUUGUUGAGAACCCCGCCAUGGUUAUGCCCUUCAGCCAGCCAAGCGGCUUCGUCCACAUGCUGCGCCACAUCAGCCCCGACCUCGUCUACGUUGUGGACGCACUCAGCGGCAUGAGCGGUAGCAACAUCGAGGACAUCAAGCGCUGGGUCGGCCAGACCAUCGUAGUCGUCGGCAGCGACGGCACUGGUCUUGGCGGGCUUGUCGACACAGACGAUGAGAGCUACACGACCAAGAAGAAAUCGACAGAGCACUCGAGCUCCAAAUGGUGGGAGAGUGCUGAUAUGGUUGGCCUUGGUAAGGGUGUUGAGGUCGUUGACGCCUCGAGACUCACAGAUGAUUAUGAGCGACGGGUGGGUGGCCGCGAGUAA